UAACGGGAAGAAGUUGUUAAAAUCACCAACUAUCCCCCAACAUUCAGCUUGCCCCAUCCCACAACAUCUGAACCAGGCGGUCGCAUUAUGGCAGCUAUUGAAAGUUUCGAUAAUAUCUACCUGGACUUGUCUAAAGAGCACGGCAAGUGCAGGUUUGCCGAGAAUGGUCUCGGUUGGAAGCCAGCCGGCGGUGGCGAAGCCUUCACUCUUGACCAGAGUAACAUCGGCGGUGCGCAAUGGAGCAGAGCCGCUAAGGGCUACGAGGUGAAGAUCCUGCAUCGAAACUCAGGCGUCAUUCAAUUGGAUGGCUUCCAGCAAGAGGACUAUGAGCGUCUCAGCAAGAUCUUCAAGAACUGGUACAGCACCAAUCUCGAAAACAAAGAACACUCGCUGCGCGGCUGGAACUGGGGAAAGGCGGAAUUUGGAAAGGCUGAGCUGUCGUUCAACGUCCAGAACCGACCCGCCUUUGAGAUCCCGUACUCGGAGAUAUCCAACACGAACCUCGCUGGUCGUAACGAGAUAGCCGUUGAGUUUGCCGUCGGCGAGACGGGCAAGGCCAACGGCGUCAAUGGCGCGACUCCGGGGAAAGGCAAAAAGGCUUCGGCCGGGAAGGAUCAGCUCGUCGAGAUGAGAUUCUACAUCCCGGGCGUGACAACAAGGAAAGAAGCCGAGGGUGGCGACGCCGGCAGCGACGCUGAUGAAGAAGAAAAGAGCGCCGUAACUCUAUUCUACGAUACCCUCAUUGAAAAGGCUGAGAUUGGGGAGACGGCCGGCGACACGAUUGCCACAUUCCUGGAUGUUUUGCAUCUCACGCCCAGAGGACGGUUCGAUAUCGACAUGUAUGACGCGUCGUUUCGACUUCGCGGCAAGACGUACGACUACAAGAUUCAGUACGAGGCUAUCAAAAAGUUCAUGGUGCUGCCCAAACCCGACGACCUACAUUUCAUGCUCUGCAUAGGACUAGACCCUCCGCUGCGACAGGGUCAGACGCGCUACCCGUUCAUCGUCAUGCAGUUCAAGCAAGAUGAAGAGGUUACGUUGGAUCUCAACUUAUCUGAAGAAGAGCUCAAUGGCAGGUACAAGGACAAACUGCAGGCCCAUUACGAGCAACCGCUGCAUCAGGUCGUCACGUAUAUCUUCAAGGGGUUGGCGAACAAGAAGGUCACAGCUCCUGCAAAGGACUUUACAACGCAUCGCCAACAAUACGGCAUCAAGUGCUCAAUCAAGGCGAGCGAGGGCUUCCUCUACUGCCUAGAGAAGGCCUUCAUGUUUGUGCCAAAACCCGCAACAUACAUCUCGUAUGAGCAGACACAAUCGAUUACCUUUUCCCGUGUGGGUGGCGCGGUUUCGGCUCUCUCGACGUUUGAUAUUACAGUCCACAUGAAGAGCGGUGCAGGUUCCUCUCAGUUCAGCAACAUUAACCGUGAAGACCUGAAAGCACUGGAGGAUUUCUUCAAGCUCAAAGGGCUGCGGGUCAAGAACGAAAUCGACGAGGAUGCGAACCUUCUGGCCGCAGCCAUGAGGGAUGAGGACAUGGCCAGCUCUGAUGAGGAGGUUGUUGGUGCCAAGGCGGACCGCGGGUCGGCAGAUGAGGACGAGGAGAGCGUCGAUGAAGACUUCCAAGCCGAAUCCGAAAGCGAUGUCGCCGAGGAAUAUGACAGCAACCAUGAAAGCGACGGCUCUGGCAGUGCAGAAAGCGAUGUUGAUAAUGAGGUUGACGAAGACGAAGAUGAGGAGAUGGAGGACGCAGAGGAGGAGGAGGAUGAACGGCCAAAAAAGAAAAAGAAGACGGGUUAAGGAUGGUUAUCCGACUUGGAGGCCCAACCGUGGUGGGUAAAGUAGUUUCGGAUACUGUAGGUUGUGGUUUUGGCGUUGAAGGAUAGGGGAUAAUCGGCAGCAUCUCGGUCCAACGCUCGUUGCUUAGUCUUGUAAGGAUAGGCCACACUUUGAGUCCAACCGUCAUGGUGCGAUGAUGCGUGGUCCACAAAAGGAGGUAUGUAGUAGUAAAUGGAUUCGCU